AAUAGAAUUAUCCCGUCGGUGUAGUUAGGGCUUUUUUUCCUUCCAAAUUUUGACAGUGAAGCAGCUAAGCUUCGGGAAAAAGACUCGGUGGUUAGUGCCUUGCCUUGGAGCACGCCAGUCGGAGAGAGACUCAGCUAAACUCCUCGUUCGUCUCCUUAGUAGCUUCAAAGCUCCAAAAUCGGGUGGGCGGAGGCAUGGGAGAGAACAAUAGCGGCAGCGAAGUUCCGGCGAACCAGACCAUCUACAUCAACAAUCUGAACGAGAAAAUCAAGCUCGAUGAAUUGAAAAAGUCGCUUCUCGCGGUCUUCUCGCAGUUCGGGAAGAUACUGGACGUCUUAGCUUUCAAGACGCUCAAGCACAAAGGCCAAGCUUGGCUUGUCUUCGAGGACGUCUCUUCCGCCACCAAAGCCAUUCAACAAAUGCAAGGCUUCCCCUUUUAUGACAAGCCUAUGAGAAUACAAUAUGCCAAGACAAAAUCAGAUGUAAUAGCAAAGGCUGAUGGUACUUUUGUUCCACGUGAAAGACGAAAGAGGCAUGAAGACAAGGGGAAAAAGCGAAAAGAGCAACAUGAUGUUAGCCAAGCCGGAAUGGGUGUGAAUCCUGCUUACGCUGGUGCGUAUGGUGCAGCACCUCCUCUCUCCCAAAUACCGUAUCCCGGUGGUGUGAAGUUACCUGAGGCUCCUGCUCCGCCAAACAACAUACUUUUUGUUCAGAAUCUUCCUCAGGAUACAACUCCCAUGAUGUUGCAAAUGCUCUUCUGCCAGUACCCUGGUUUUAAGGAGGUUAGAAUGGUGGAAACGAAGCCAGGUAUUGCUUUUGUGGAGUGGAUGCAAUCUACAGUAGCAAUGCAGGCACUCCAAGGUUUUAAGAUGACACCGCAGAAUUCAAUGUUGAUUACCUAUGCCAAAAAAUAGACAACGGGAUUUAGGUCUUUGCUAUUCAUAUAACUUGUAGUCAUGGGUCCGUAACUAGAAUGUCGUUAAUCUAGUGAGAUAUGAUGUUUCAAUGUAUUAUUGUUGUCAGGAUAUAUUAGAAAUGAGAAAAAGAAUUACCAAGUCAAAUUUUCAUUUUCACCGAUUUUCCAGUGACCAAGGGUCAUGUUCCUGUGUCACUGUAAGUCGUAAUUGUAUCUGAAAGCAAGCUUAAUUUGUUUGUUUGUGGUAUUCCAAGAAGCCUCUCAGUCUUGCGCAUUAAGUUUCAAAUCACACAUUUUUAUUUUAUUUUAA